AUGUCUUUUUCUCCAGCCGGCGGAGGGCGACAUUUCGCUGCUCCCGUCGUCUACCAUCCAGUUCGCAACGCAGCUCCGUCUCAACCGAUGUCUUCUUCGACUCUGCCGCCGGAGCAAACUCAUGGUCCAUCGGGAGGACACUUUAGUGAUAUAGCUCCGCCAUCUUUACUUUCAUCCGCCUCCCAUGCCCUUCAGUCGUCACUGACAGGGGUGCGUGGUUCACUGUCCUGUGGCAGUGACUUCAACGCUUCGUCUCGAGGGCCUCGGUCACCGCCCCGCAAUGUUUUCAAAAGAUCUGCUCAGUCGUCCACUACGACUUGUGGCAUUUCUGCUUCAGUCUGCUCUGCAGAGUUUCCGACUUCUCAAGAUGCGUCUUCUCAACUUGUGAUUGGCAAGGGGUAUGGCGUUGCGCCAGCGGCAGCCGCACCACUCCCGCUCAACGCCGACGGGGUUGGCCGAAAUCCGCCAGGGCCGCUCUGGGCUGGUGACCGGCAGCCCGGGGAAGGUUUUGAGAGAGAGGAAAGAAACGCGUAUGAAUGGGUGGGAAAAACCGACGAGUUUCCCGAACCGGAGCUCCUUCGCACAUUUCGAGACAAGUGCAGCCCGAUCAACGGGGUUGCGUUUUCCCCUGACAUGCAGUGUAUGUACACGUCAAGCGACGACUGUUCGCUGCAUAUUUACUCGCUUCAAAAAGGCGUUUGCACACGUGUGUUGCACGCAAACAAGUACGGCGUCCACAGCAUUCGCAUUUUGCCCCACUCUCUCGUCGGCGUUUCUUCGACGUCCGCUUCUUCGCCCUCGUCCGCAGGCGCAUCGGGAACACACGGAAUUCAGCCUCCGCUGCAGCCCCCGCCCGGCGGCGCUCCUGGAGUCACGUGCCUCUGCCUCUGCGGGACGCGUGCAUCAGCGCCAGCUUCCACCGCGAACGCAGCUGGAAACCGUCCAGCUGGUUCCGCUGCAAAAAGUCAAAGUCAAGUUGGGAAGGGAAAGAUGGCAGAAGAGAGCGGUCCUGAUGCAGCGGGAAGCAGGGCUCCUGUCGCCUCAGGAUCCACGGCGUUUGCUGUGAGGUUGUGGGACCUCGCGGAGAACCGGUACCUCCGCACUUUUCCUUUGAAUGGCAAAGUGUGUCGGGGGAAUGGCCUUUGCCUCCACCCUCAGCGGAACAUAUUUGCCUGUUGCAGCGAGGACGCUACGGUGCGUCUCUUCGCUCUGGACAAAGAACAGCCCAUGUGGUCUCGAGCUGUUAGGACGUCGACGCCUCUCGCUGCGUUUGACAAUAGCGGACUCGUCCUGGCUGUCUACGAAGGCGAAGGCCUUGUAACUUUUUUCGACAGCAAGCAUCCUUACCUCCCUUUUCUCCGAUUUUCCAUCGCGCCGGCGCUGCGAGGAGCGUGUCCAGGACAGCCUGGCUCAUGGCGAAAGGGACUGUCUGCGGCAUGCCGGCGUUGUAGCCUGCCGUUGCGAAGCGGGCAAACAAAGGCGGAAGGCGGCGGCCCACAGGGAGCGGAUUCUCAAAAGAUGGUCGGGUACUGCCAUUGCAGCGAUCGCGGGGAGCGAAGCCGUCCGGCACUUGAGGGGGAAGUUGAUGUCGAAGAACAACCAACAAGUAUGCUGUUCUCGCCCGAUGACUCAGAAAUUGUGGUAGGUACGAGCGACGAGAGGCUUCUGUUCUUCGACGCAACUACUGGAGAACUGGUGAGGGUUUUGAGUUCUCGAAAGCGAGGCCUGCCGCACAUGGGAACAGGUGCUUCGACUGUACAAAGUGUUGGGAUGGAAAUGGGAAACUCGAGAGAGGUUCGAAGAGAAUGCAAGGAGGAACAGGAGUCGGACAUUCGCACCCGAGACACGUCGGAGAAAGAGAAAAGCGGUCGUGGGUGCUGGUCAACGCAGUGCAGAACUCUUGGAGAAAUCGUGCAAAGACAGCUGGCAGAGCGCGGGGAGUACAAAUGUUCGGGGAAAAGACAACGGACGGAUGGAAAUGAGGAGGAACAGCGAGACCACAAACGCAAGCGUUCAUCUGAGGUGGAGGAGAAGCUCGAUUCGGUUUGUUCCGUCCAGUCAUGUUCUGGGUCGUGCGCAGCUUCGUCUUCUUCGUCUCCACCAGCUUCCAACUAUCCGGUGUCAAGAUCGAAAUCACAUGCAGACCCGAAUGCCUCUUUCGACGCUUCUUCGCUCUUCAACAUUUCUCCUCCACCUUUCGGCUGCUCCUCCUCGUGCCCCGAUUGUUCCUCGGUUGUCUCCUCUGCUUCGCCUCUCCCAGGAGAGGCCAGCUCUCGGCCCGUGUUCGUCCCAGCGUUUUCUCCGUGUGGUCGGUUCAUCGCGGUGGGGGGCACCGACCGGCGCGUACAUAUUUUCGAUCUUCACGCAAACAGUGGGAAGGGAAGAGAGGCGUUUGCGUUGGGACGCUGCGAAAGUGACCCUCAGUUUGUUUUGUUUAAUUCCAAGUUUGAUGUGUUUCUCACCGCCGGCCUUAAUGCUUCUCUGUGGAAACACCACUUCUGCCGGACACAGACCCCUUCUCUCCUGUACUGCGUAUGA